AGAACAAGUAUCACUGUGGACAGAAAGAGGAAACCAACCUUGUCUCAGAGGAAACUCCCACAGAGUUCUCGACAGCGUUCGUGAGGAGCUGGCUGACAAGAAGGAAACAAUGGUGACAGACGGACAAAGGAAAUCACUUAAGGUCUGAGUUUUCCUGAGACCAGCCCAGAAGAAAGGGGGCUCCUAGUCCUGCCUUUCCCCAGGAAUGAUGCCUCUGUUCUGGGUUAUGCUUUGUUCAGCGUUGCCUCCUUUGGCUUGCCUCUCCGGUCCAGACCAUUGUGCCAUCCAGGAGAGCAGCAGCUUGCAGAGUGAAUCUUCAUUGCUGAAAUCCUUGGAGUGUUAUAAUGACUACAAUUCCACUGUCCACUGCCGGUGGAGCGAUCACAGAAACAGAACACUGCAGCUCUGGUUCAAGACCAACAAGAAGAGAGUUUUCUGUCUCACAGCUCUGUGUUUACGUCCCGGCAGGGAGCAGUGUUUGCAUUACGAUGCUGCAGUACAAGAUGCAAGUCAGCACAGGACUGUCCAGUGUACAUACAAAACUAAGGCAUUUUCCAUUGGCAUCCAACACACCGCCUUCUUCGUCAAGAAGGAGACAGAAACCCUCUGCUCAUCUGUCUCCCAUAAGCCUCUGGAUCUUUCUCUGCACUUGAGAGCGCGGCCACCAGUCAAUCUGUCCACACGCAAUGCAGGAGAUGGAGGCCGGUGGCUCGACUGGUCCAGCCCCUACCCCUCCUCCUCCUCCCUGAACAAGGACAUCACAUAUCAGCUCAGCUACAAGACAGCCAAACAAGACAAUUGGAUGACUAAGGAUGUCACAAACACCAGCAUGAAACUAGAGAAGCAAUUCUUGCUCCCAGGUUGCAGGUAUGAAGCCAGAGUGAGAGCAAGAGCCAGUGUGGGUCAGUGGAGCCACUGGAGUCCUGUGGUGACAUGGCAGACUGAAGAAGAUGCUGGGCAGCUCCCCAGUUUGCACUGUGUGCUGGAUGGAGAGAAGGAGGUGGUGUGUAGCUGGGAGGUGAGCAAAGAGCUGGCUCACUUCAUUACCCUCCAGCUGGCCUGUCGACACAACCGGACAGCACAGUCUCAGAGAUGCUGUGCAAACCCAACAGUCACUUAUGGCCACAACAGGAAGGUGCUUAAGUACAGCUGCACGCUGACUGUCACAGACCCUGCGCAUUUGUUGGUGGAGCUCCAGCCAACACAUAAUGCCAAGAUUUUUAAGGCCAGCCAACAUAUUCGUCCCGACCCCCCACAGAAGGUAAAGGUGAGGGAAAAAGGCAGCAACUGGAUUGUGGAAUGGGCCAAGUCAAGCACAAAAUCAGAAGUCAGACUGUCUUAUCAGCUUUGCUAUUUCAGGAUACAGGAUCAGGAGUGUCUUAUUCAGAACAUUUCAGAGGGAGCCAUGUCCAUGACCAUCCUGCAAAGUUCUCUGGUUCCAUCUCAGAACUACCAGGUCAAGGUCAGGUCUCUGGUUGUCCCUGAAGAACAUUCUUCUUAUGGUGGAAUCCCAUCUGAAUGGAGUGAACCUGUGAACUGGACCUCGCAUGAAGCCACCUGGUCCUUAACCACCCUAAUGUACUUAUUCGUCAGUGUGCUUGUGGCUGCAGUCUUCUUCACACUCUACUGCACCAUUCCAGCUUGUCAGAGGAGGGUAAUUCUGUGGGUGGACUCAGUUCCUUCUCCAGGCAAAAGCAAAAUCCUGUCUGAGAUCAAGUCUGCCACCAGCUGGACCCUCAUGCAGAGUGAGAGCACGUCCAUGUGCAAAGUGCAGCACCUGGACAGCGUAUCAACAUGCUCUUCGGAUGCUUCCCUGUGGGUAACCAGGGACAGUGAACAAAAGAGUUUGGAUCAGGACGAGGGCUGCUGGAAGUAUGAUAACCAGCCAUCCCUUACUGAGGAGAUGAACAGGUGUGACACAUCUUCUCUGAGCUUCAGUGGACCGUACAUCCUCUGUCAGACUGCAGAGCCAAAAUGCAGGUCAACAGAUAUCAAGUGUGAAGAAAAAGAGAAGCAAAUCCCAUCAGAGGACUCUGCAACUCCUUCCCCUGUGAAUUUCACCAUUUACGGGGAAGGUUAUGUGUGUCUACCCAACCGGAGCGUCUCUAGGUCCACACAGGAUCUUGUAUCUCAAGGCGAUGCCAACACAAACAUGCAAAGGCACGACAGCACCGGGCAGGACCCACACCAUCCAGAUAGCACGCUGUUGCCAGAUAAGAUGGACGUCCAGCCAGGCCUCAGCAAACCCACGCAUCAGCCUCCAGCGUACACCUCAGAACUUGUCACUCCUUGGCCGCAAGGGGUCGCCAUUCAGGCCUCAGGGUACUGCCACCUUCCCACAGUUAAAAUGAGAGGAGAAAAUUAACGUGCAAAGGAAGCAUAACAUGGAGGACUUACCAAGCUUUAACGACUAAGGUGGAUUUCAGGGUUUAUUUCACCAGUUUUAUUUUCAGCCAUUAUGACUGCAUUAAAACCAUUAUGCUUGGUUUUGUAUCUUAUCUGCUGGUUGGUUGACCAAUGGAGGGCAGUAGUGAGCUGAGCCUGUAAAUGAAGAUCAAGCAAAUCGAGUGAUGGAGUGUGUGUGUGUGUGUGUGUGAGAUGAAUCUAUAUAUCUAUAUAAGACAUUUCACAGAAUCUAAUUACAGAGUCUGAAGGGCCGUGUUCAAAUGCUGUUUUUAUUACUUCUUCAAGUUUUUCUACUUCCCCCUCACAGCUGAGAUACGAAGCAGAAUUACUUAAACUCUUUUGCAUGGAAAAAGUGUGUAACUUUGCUGGGUUCUCUGCGGUCAUGUAUGCAUGUUUGCACAAAGGUGUGUGAGUUAGGACCUUGUUGUCAAUGUUGUAGCCUAUGUUGCUGAAGGUAUAGCAUGUUAUCUACACACUGAUACUGCCAUGUUGUGUGGCACCAGUGCUGUGUAAAGCCUACAGUGACAUUUGAAUUGAAAUUACAAGAUGCUUAAUAUAUGUUUAAGCUACCUUUAGUAUAUGAGAUCUGCCAUCUUCAGGUAUGUUAUUUAUAGUAUGUCUAUUUUGAAGUCAUGUAUUAAUCAUGUAUGUGUAAUCUGAGUGAAAUAAUUGUUUGCAAUGUUUUCUGCACUUUCUGCAUUGUGACGGUAAACUUUUCUCCACACACACACAAAUAGAAAGUGAUGUUUAAAGUUUCUAUGCUGAAUGACAAACUUGCUAGUUUAUUAGGUACCACAAGCUACAGUCUAAUAACGCAGUGCAAUUAAUUCUAUCUUCAUGACAGUUAAUGUUGAGUUUUUGUUGAAGCAUUGUUAGAGAGGUGUUGAUUCAGCUGAAUAAAUCAUCAUUUUUGGUGCUGUUCAAUUGUGUUGCUUAAUACCAACAGGUGUUUAUAUUAUUUUGUCCAUCUCAUUUAUAUCAAUGAAAAUAUGAUUUACAAUCAUC